UUUUUCUUUUGAUUCAACCUCGAAAGCGCAUGUUUACUUUUCACUCAUCAGUGCGUCCCAGACAAAAAUUGCUUACUUUUUCCUCGCUUUUAAUUCUAUUUCCAGUGUCGACACGUAAGAAUAACUGCCGCUCAUAAUGUCCGUCAAGGAUCUAGCUCAGGAUCAAUCAGCGAGUCUUACUGCGGAACGUAUCGAGGAAGCUGCUCCACAGGUACCAAAAGUGAUACUUUCUGCCGAACAGAGAAAUAUUUUCGACCGCAUCUCCAAGAAUGAAAACAGUGAACUUAAGCUGGCGUUGGCUCAGUUUAAACAGAGCGUAGAUUAUGUGGACGAGAAUGGGAUGACUCCGUUGCAACAUGCUUCCUAUAAGGGUAAUAAAGAUGCAGUCCAGCUGCUUUUGGAUCAGGGCGCGGAUGUUAAUUCCGGCAAGCAUGAGUACAAGUACACGGCGCUACACUUCGGAGCCCUGUCCGGUAAUGUCGAUGUCUGUCUAAAGCUACUGCUAGCAGGAGCUAACUCAAAUGCUACCAACUCUGUCGGUAGGACCGCCGCCCAAAUGGCUGCCUUCGUGGCGAACCAUCAAGUCGUUGCUACAAUUAACAAUUUCGUUCCUAUCAAAGAGAUUGAAUGCUACACGAAAGUUCAGGGUUCUCACACGGAAGCAUUGCUACCGGUGGUGCACCUUGAAGGAUUUCACAAGUUUGUUAUGCAGAUAAACAUUCAUCCGGUGCGGAUUGCACUGAACUUGCAAAAGUAUGGUUUAUUUGUCGAUGACUUGAAGCGUAUCAAAAAAGUUUUGGGAGAGAUGAUGGAGCGGGAGAUGAAACGGCGAACUGAGGUUAACGAAGUCAUGGCGUUCAAGUAUCACUAUUUGGGAUAUUUUGUAAAUGAGAUUGGUAAAUGCCGGGACUACUUUUUAGCGAGAAAAGACGGUACCGGUGCUAGUGCCAAGGACCAGAAGAGCGAUUUUGUGGAGCUUUUUGCCAGAAGGGUUCUGAAACCUGGGAAAGACGGUUCUUUGGAGUACAUUGAGGCGACGAUUCGUGAGUGCGUUAGGGAGUUCCCCUUUCGAGAGUGUACCAUCUUUCGGCAGGUUGUGACCCAACUGGCCAGUAAGGAUAAUGCUGCCAGCGCUUUGGAAGUAAUCAAAUCGGCCAUCAACGGACAACGUGGCUUCCAGGAUACAAUUUCGUACUGUAGCUCAUGCGGCGAGGAGAAGCCGGAUAAAAAAUGCUCCAAGUGCAAAGAGGUCCAAUAUUGUGAUCGAGAGUGCCAACGAUUGCAUUGGUUUAUGCACAAGAAGGUCUGUGCUCGGCCUUCAUCCACGGCCAGUACAAGUGGAACGAAAGAUGCCAAAAAAGACAUCGAUCCAACGGAGAUCAGUGAGCAAUUGCAGAAACUGGUUUCGAGCUAAGUAGUUUGGCGAUAGACACAAUGACAACUGGUAAUCAGGAGUAUGGGCAAAGAUACUAGACAUACACACAUACCUAUACUAAUAUUGUACUAAGGGAUGAGACGGAACUAAAAUGUACUAAUCGAUUUACAGUAAAUCUCUGUGUUUCGUAGUUUGUGUCAUUUGCUAUCUUUUGGACGUUAAUAAAUCGAAUGACCUGAAGCAA